AUGGCACCCUUCGUAUCAGUCAGCCUUGCGAUUUGCUUUUCAGUCGGACCUAUACUAAGCAGCACGCUCACUUACCUCGAUAUCAGAAAUCUAUCCAGGGCAGAAGUCCAGGUCUCUGAGUACGAUUACCGUUGGGAGAAAAUUAUAGGAAUCAUUGUCGGUACCAGUUCAGUAGGCCUAGGUAUUACUGGACUCAUUGCAAUUGCGACCAAACCCCAUCCAGCAGAGAUGUACUCCUGGCUUGACGCAAUCAUUAUGUGUAAUCUCCAGCUUCUUACUAGCAAUAACCUCGUCCGAAUGCUUCAGAUCUUCAUCUCUCCUCCCUGGAGCAUAUGGGCGGUACAUAUGGUGGCGGUCUUGACUAUACUGGACAUUGCUUCUGCUGUUACGGGCCAAACUAAAUCUUCUGCUUACGAGUCGGCACUGCUAACUCGUUUUGCUGCUGCAUCCCUUUUCUCUUCGGCACUCUCACACAAGCAACUAGAGAUCCACAAGAACUCAGGAUCCGAGACCGGAGAUGGAAACGAAGAAUACAUGCGAUUAUUGCAUGCCUUCGUCUUUACAAAUGCUGCUGCAGCAUCUAGCCAAUUUUGUAGCGCGAUCUUCACCUCUACUUUCUCACUUGCUGGUAGAAGCACUUCCACCAAACUACGACAAGGCAUUUUUAUGCUAUCAUGUUAUCUCCCUUUCUAUAUCAAUCGGAUAUGGCGUCAAAUUAUUGUGCCAGUAAGCGAGUGGAUGAGAAGACUGCGCCACUCAUUCCCAUGCAGAUUGGCAGACGAGAGUAACUUUUAG